ACAAUUAAUAAUUAAAACAUUACCACUUCACAUUUAUUGUGAAGUGAGAUCUUCAUUUUAAGAGUGUACACAUAUUUUGAAUUAAAAAAUGUCCGUGUACAAAAGUAUAGAGUUACUUUUCGAUCGUCCUAACGAAACCCUUAUUACACCGAAGGGUGAGGACAAUGAUUUGUUUCAACUCACGGAACAAUAUUUGCCUAAGGAAUACGAGAACAACGGCAUCGAACUUAACAACCGUUUCGGUAACGAUGCAACCAAUACGAUCCUCCUCAAGAACUUGGACCAGCUGCCGCAAUUCACCAAGGCAUCUCAAGUGGCGCCAGAUACUGACUUCUCUCUUUUCCUGCCUAAACAUCAGGAGGCGGCAACUGAAGUCAUUGAUACUUUGAUGCGUGUUCCUGAGAACAGUCUGCAGGAAUUUCUAUCCACAUGUGUAUACGCUCGGGUGAACCUGAAUCCUCAGCUCUUCAACUAUUGUUUAUCUGUAGCUUUGAUGCACAGGAACGAUACUAAGGAAGUGAGAAUCCAAAACUUUGCCGAAACAUUCCCCUCAAAGUUCUUGAACUCCACGGUAUUUGCACAGGCUAGGGAGUCCGCUGCUGUUAUCCCUAAGGGAACUCCGCGCAUACCGAUUAUAAUCCCAAGAGAUUACACUGCAACCGACUUGGAUGUUGAGCAUCGUUUGGCCUAUUUCCGUGAAGAUCUUGGCGUCAACUUACAUCAUUGGCAUUGGCAUCUUGUGUAUCCAUUCACAGCCAGUGACAGAAAAAUUGUUGCGAAGGAUCGUCGAGGAGAGUUAUUCUUUUAUAUGCAUCAGCAAAUUAUUGCUAGAUACAACGGAGAGCGUCUUAACAACUCACUGCCGAGAACUAAGAAAUUCAGCAACUGGAGGGAACCGAUCCCUGAAGGGUACUUCCCUAAACUAGACAGUCUUACAUCAUCGCGAGGAUGGCCACCACGUCAGGCGGGUAUGCGCUGGCAGGACCUGAACCGUCCAGUAGACGGCCUCAAUGUGAAAGUUUCCGACAUGGAGCGCUGGAGAAGGAACAUUGAAGAGGCGAUCGCCACCGGAAUGGUUCGCUUGCCUAACGGUUCGACGCAAGCUCUCGAUAUUGACACGUUGGGCAACAUGGUAGAAGCCAGCAUGUUGUCGCCGAACUUGGAGUUGUAUGGCAGUAUUCACAACAACGGCCACAGCUUCUCCGCAUAUAUGCACGAUCCGACUCACCGAUAUCUCGAAAAUUUCGGUGUCCUGGCUGACGAAGCGACUACGAUGCGCGAUCCCUUCUUUUACCGCUGGCACGCCUUCAUCGACGACCUCUUCCAGAGGUACAAGGAAACUACCAAUGUUCGUCGCUACACACGAUCUGAGCUGGACAACCCUGGCGUGCAAGUGACUUCGGCAAUGAUCGAGAGCGCCGGCGGACAGGCGAACACUCUCAACACCUACUGGAUGUCGAGCGACGUGGAUCUUUCCCGCGGUCUUGACUUCUCCGACCGCGGUCCCGUUUUUGCGCGCUUCACUCAUCUCAACCAUAGACCAUUCCGUUACGUCAUCAACGUAAACAACACCGGCAACGCUCGUCGAGCCACCUGCCGCAUCUUUAUUGCGCCCAAGUUCGACGAGCGCAACUUGGCGUGGGUGCUCUCCGACCAACGCAAGAUGUUCAUCGAGAUGGAUCGCUUCGUUGUGCCACUGAACGCCGGCCAGAACACCAUCACUCGCAACUCGUCUGAAUCGUCUGUGACGAUCCCGUUCGAGCAGACGUUCCGCGACUUGCGCGCGGAGGGCGGCAACCCGCGCGCCGGCAACCUCACAUCCUUCAACUACUGCGGGUGCGGUUGGCCGCAGCACAUGUUGGUGCCGCGCGGGACAGAGGCCGGCGCUUCCUAUCAACUCUUCGUCAUGCUCUCAAACUACGAGCUCGAUAAGAUUGAGCAACCUGACGGCACCGAGAUGACAUGCAAGCAGGCGUCGAGCUUCUGCGGUCUGCGAGACAAGAAGUACCCUGACAAACGCGCCAUGGGCUUCCCCUUCGACAGGCCCUCGGCCACCGCCACCAACAUCGAGGACUUCAUCCUGCCCAACAUGGCGCUCGUCGACCUCACCAUACGUCUGCAGAAUGUGACCGAGCCCAACCCGAGGAAUCCACAAAACUAAACCCCAUCCACUAAUAACAAAUGACCACGGCUACCGAAGUUCGGACUUUUUUAUUUAUAUAGAUUAAACUUAGCAUUGAAAAAAUGAAAGGCUGAUUGAUUAGGUCUUAUGAAUUUGUAAAUAUUGUACAAAGUAUUACAGAGCUAUCUAGAUAAUAUUGACCCAUUUUAGUUUUAAAUAAAUUU